GCCUCUCGCCCGGUGCAUUGUGGUCCUUCUCUGCUGCUAAAGGAAGCUGUGACUGUGGAAUCUGAAGAAUUUCGGUGUCCGCUGAGAAUCUCUUUAGUUUAACAACGGCUAUCAGUCUAUUCUCUGGGUUGUCUGGACUGCAAGGUUAAAAUACAAGAAAAAUGUCUCAGGCUGAGAAAAUGAAGGGCCAGUUCAAUAAUCCUGAAACUCCAGGGUACGUUGGAUUCGCCAACCUGCCCAAUCAGGUUCACCGCAAGUCUGUAAAGAAAGGAUUUGAGUUUACGUUGAUGGUAGUAGGUGAAUCUGGACUUGGAAAAUCUACUCUGAUCAACAGCCUGUUUCUCACCGACCUCUACCCUGAGAGAGUCAUCCCCGGAGCAGCAGGUUUGACUCUUAGUUUGUUUUUUAUUUUGUUUCAAUUUUUUUCACUUUUUCCUUCAUUCUCUUUUUUUUUUCUUCCAACAGAAAAGAUAGAAAGGACAGUUCAGAUUGAAGCCUCAACGGUAGAGAUUGAGGAGCGAGGAGUAAAGCUGCGUCUCACUGUGGUUGACACGCCAGGAUACGGAGAUGCCAUCAACAGUCAGGACUGCUUCAGUACCAUUAUCAGCUACAUCGAUGACCAGUUUGAGCGCUACCUCCAUGAUGAGAGUGGACUCAAUCGUAGACACAUUGUUGACAACAGAGUUCACUGCUGCUUCUACUUCAUUUCCCCCCUGGGACACGGCCUAAAACCCCUGGACGUCCAGUUCAUGAAGGCCAUUCACAACAAGGUUAACGUGGUUCCCGUCAUCGCCAAGGCGGAUACUCUGACCCUCAGGGAAAGGGAGAGGCUCAAGCGCAGGAUUCUGGAUGAGAUCGAUGAACAUGGUAUUAAGAUUUACCACCUGCCUGAUGCCGAGUCGGACGAGGACGAGGACUUCAAAGAACAAACUAGGAUUCUGAAGGCCAGCAUUCCGUUCGCGGUGGUCGGCUCCAACCAGCAGAUCGAAGCCAAAGGAAAGAAGGUGCGAGGUCGUCUGUAUCCCUGGGGCGUGGUGGAGGUGGAGAACCCAGAGCACAACGACUUCCUCAAACUGAGGACCAUGCUGAUAACCCACAUGCAGGAUCUACAGGAAGUGACCCAGGACCUGCACUACGAGAACUUCCGCUCAGACCGCCUCAAACGGGGUGGAAGAAAGGGACCAGAGCCGGAGGAGAUGGACAAGGACAUAAUCCUGCAGGAGAAGGAGGCUGAGUUGAGGCGAAUGCAGGAGAUGAUCGCCAGGAUGCAGGCCCAGAUGCAGAAGCAGGGAGAAGGAGACGGGGACGUGUGAAAGGCUUGCGAUUCUUGAGCGUUGCUGUUCUCAGACCAGAAAGAGUCGACUCCUACCGUACUUCUCGCCACUAUUUUCAUUUGGUCCCAUGUGGGAAAUGGUGACUUUUCUUUUUUUAUACGUAUAGUAAAGUAUAUUCAGACAGUGUUACGUUUAUAUAUUUACACACAGGUUCUCAUUUACCCAAAUGAAGUAAUAAUUAUAAACAAACCCAUUGGGAGGUUCUGUUACUUUUCAGUGUUUUUGUUUUUUUGUAGGGUUUCAUUGGGAGAAUCCACUAUGUUGAAAGCUAACAGAAACAGCCUUUUUCAAUGCCAAUAUUUUUUCUGUCAGGUUCCCAGCCCAUUCAGUCAUUUUGUUACUUUUAUUUGUUACAUCACUUUUUUUUUCUUUUUUUUUUUUGCAUGUAACUCAGCUCCUCCGUGAUUAUUACCAGUUGUGCAAUUCUUAGUUCAGUGCCAGCAACUUUUGAAAUAAGGUGUUUGUUUUUUUUUUUAAAUCCUUCAGAGUUUGAUAUGAACUAAAUACUGUGACCCUUGACCUCUCAGGCCUUGUUCAGACUGCAGGAAGAAAAAGAACAGAGAAAUGACGACCUUCUGCCAUCAAACGUCUGAACACGGCCUUACAGACUGACCAAUGAAGGACACGGUUUUAACUGUAUUUACCUCACACCUACCACAGUGAGGGAUUAUCUAGACAUUGUGAUUUUUUUUAUUUUUUUUUUACUGUGACACCUCUGUCAGGUGCUUUACUGCGUCCUUCCAAUUAUACGUAUUUGCUUCAUAUCUCCUCUCCAAAAAUGAAGUCCUGUGCCAGGAAGAAUCAUUAUUUUAAAAUGACAUUUAAAACAAAUAUGGUGUGUCCCGACUGAUGAGCCCUCUGUGGUUUCCUCUGACUGCAGAGGAGCUAAGAUCUCCCUCACCAGUCAGAAAGUCAGAUCUUGACAUUCCACUUUGUGUGCUUUCUAUCCAAUAUUAAAAAAAAA